AUGAUUCCGUACGAGUUAAUAGUAUUAUUCAGAGUUAUGCCCAAGCCAGAACUGACAACAGCUAUUAAACGAACAGCCAAUGCGAUUUUCGAUCGAGGGGGCUUAAUAAGGAAAUUGGAGAAUUUGGGAACGAGAGAAACGCCUUAUAAAAUUUCAUCAAACGGUAUGCCUCACAGACAAGCCAGCUACUUUUUGUAUGAAUGUAAUAUUCCCCCAUCGAAAAUUGGCGACAUAAUAAACGAAUAUAGUAGAGACGUCGAUAUAAUUAAAAAGGAUAUCUACAAAAAAACCAUACCAGAACAAUUCGAAUGUACAUUACACGAGGAAAUGCAACCCCCUCCUUAUAGGAAAGACGUCCAAGAGAUCAUGGCGUUAGCCCGAAGAAAGGAAAAGCGCAAAUUCAAAGCCAACACGGGAAUGGAUUAUUACCCGUUCCAAAAAUAA